GCGCAGCAGCACAAGUGUCACGCAGAUGCUCGGCUGAUGAGCAGCCAGCGCCAGCGGGACGUCGCCUGCUCGGAGUUGUCCUCGGCGGAGGGCAAGGCGCAGCAGGCGCAGGCCCACCCGACAGACGCCUGGCCCGAGUUGUUGACAAGCUUGGCCAAUGGCUUUGCUUCACAUCGAC